GGUCCCGUGACUGCGCGCCCCGCCCGGAGCCCCUGCCGCCGUCAUGCAGUCCCCGGCGGUGCUCGUCACCUCCAGGCGACUUCAGAAUGCCCACACUGGCCUCGACCUGGCUGUGCCCCAGCACCAGGAAGUACGGGGCAAGAUGAUGUCUGGACACGUGGAGUACCAGAUCCUGGUGGUGACCCGCCUGGCUGCGUUCAAGUCGGCCAAGCACAGGCCCGAGGAUGUCGUCCAGUUCUUGGUCUCCAAAAAGUACAGCGAGAUUGAGGAGUUUUACCAGAAACUGAGCAGUCGUUAUGCAGCAGCCAGCCUCCCCCCACUCCCCAGGAAGGUCCUGUUUGUUGGGGAGUCUGACAUCUGGGAGAGGAGAGCCGUGUUCAAUGAGAUCCUGCGCUGUGUCUCCAAGGAUGCCGAGUUGGCAGGCAGCCCAGAGCUGCUAGAGUUCUUAGGUACCAGAUCCCCAGGGGCUGCAGGGCUCACCAGCAGAGAUUCCUCUGUCCUGGAUGGCACAGACAGUCAGACAGGGAAUGAUGAAGAGGCUUUCGACUUUUUUGAGCAGCAAGACCAAGUGGCGGAAGAGGGUCCACCCAUCCAGAGCCUGAAGGGCGAGGAUGCUGAGGAAUCCUUGGAGGAGGAGGAGGCACUGGACCCUCUGGGCAUUAUGCGCUCCAGGAAGCCCAAGAAACAUCCCAAAGUGGCCGUGAAAGCCAAGCCCUCGCCCCGGCUCACCAUCUUUGAUGAGGAGGUGGACCCUGAUGAGGGGCUCUUUGGCCUGGGCAGGAAGCUGUCUCCGCAGGGCCCCUCGGAGGACGUGUCAUCCAUGGACUCCCUGAAGCUGUUUGAUGAUCCUGACCUCGGCGGGGCCGUCCACCUGGGUGACUCCCUCCUGCUGCCGGCCGCCUGUGAGAGUGGAGGGCCCACGCCCAGCCUCGGCCACAGGGAUGCCUCCAAGGAACUGUUCAGAGUUGAAGAGGACUUGGACCAGAUUCUGAACCUGGGGGCUGAGCCCAAACCCAAGCCCCAGACUAAGCCCAAGCCACCAGUGGCAACUAAGCCGGCAGUACCCAGAAAACCAGCUGUUCCCCCCAAAGCAGGCCCGGCUGAAGCUGUGGCUGGGCGGCAGAAGCCGCAGGAGCAGAUCCAAGCCAUGGACGAGAUGGACAUCUUGCAGUACAUCUGAGACCACGAUACACCGGCCCAGGCCACCCCCAGCCUCUUCUGAGCCUUCCAUGCUCUGUGGGAACAUCUGGGUGAAGGGAAGGGACUGGGCCCUGCAGGGUCAGAACCUCCCCACCCCCAGGGGAGGCCAGGCGGAAGCCUGGGUCAUAGCACCCAGAACUGCAUGGUUCCAUUUUCUCCUGGGCUGUGGGGCCAAAGUAGAACCCUGCAGGCUGCGGGAGUGGCUCUCGCCCUAGGAGCCGGAGCCCAGCGUGUCUUAUUCCCCGUGGACAUGAAGGGGAGGAAGUGUGUGGGGAUGCCUUGCCAACCAGAAGCGCAGCCCCAAGAAUGAAGCAAGACAUGUGGGGCCCUAGCGAGCUGUCACAUGGGGCAGGGAAGCUUCAUGCCCGUGGGUUCUGCCAGCCCCAGCACAGACCCAAACUGGAGCUGGGCCUCUAGCCCUCCUCUGCCUCUGUUCGCAUAGUAAGAAGGAGGGACCAGAUUCCUCCCCUUCCCCUAGCCUAAGCUGCAGCCUGGGUGACUGACUGGCCUGGGCCUGGGGUGGGGGUGGGGGGGGCGGUCCCCAAGCCAAAUUACUCCAGGGUCUCUGCUCCUCAUGGCUGCCAGGGGCCUGCAGGGUCUGGGUGGGUCUCCCAGGAGAGGAAUACUGAGCGGGAGAUCGGCUGUCUGGAGUGUUCUCAUGCAAGUCCCUCCUGAGCCUCCUCUUGAUGCGAGCUCUAAAGGGAGAAGUCAGGCCCUGCCCCUCCAGGGUACAGACGGCCCUGCUAGGCCCCAGUUCCUCCCUCCUCCUUUCCCAGGAAAGGCCAGCCCAGUCCAUGGCCUUCUUGGGCCUCUGGGCACAGAGCCAACAUUGGUCAUUGCAGCUCUCAGCAAACUGGGUCAUAGCAUUCCCCACAGCUCAGCCUGGGGCCUGGGCAGAGCUCCCAGCCUGCACCGCCUCCCACUGCCAGUGGGGUAUGAUUCUCUCAGGCUUCUGCCCCGAGGCCUUCACCGUCCUCAGGGUCUGGACUUGGUCAGUGGCCUUUCACCAGUGGAGCUGCCUUCCCAGGGAGAAGGAGCCGUGCGCCAGGGCAGGGCCCGUGCCUUAGACUUCUCCCGACCCCCAGAGCCCUGGCACACAGGUCUGGGCACCACACAGUGCUUUGGAAAUUCUCAGUGAAUGAUGUUUAAUAAAGCAAAAAAUGUUAAGAUGUCUUUCUUGG